AUGGGGAUGCAAAUGGUCUGGUACGUGUCCAUCUGUUUCAUGGCAGCAAGAUGCUCAGGUGCUCAGAUCAACCAAACCCCAAGUCUGGUCCUGAAAAAGGGACACCGAGCCCAGCUCAUAUGUGAACAAACCUAUGGGCAUAGCAACAUGUUCUGGUACCGGCAGGACCCGCGACAGGGUUUGCAGCUGCUCUUCCUCUUUGUUCAUAAACAACAAACAGACAAAGGAGGUGCAGAUGUCAGCUUCAAUCAGACACUGAGUCUGGUACUGGAGAGAGGAAAAACAGCGGAGCUACAAUGUGAACAAAAUAUUAAUUAUGAUUACAUGUACUGGUACCAGCAGCUUCAGGGCAAAGGAUUGCACCUGAUCUAUUACUCCUAUGAUACAGCUAAAACACUGAGUCCUCACUUAACCACCAGUAACAACCAGGCCUUGUCUAGACCUGGGGAAAAGGGUGAUGAUAGUGCAGAGGGAUUCACAGCCUCCCACCCUGAGAUCGCACUCUUUCACUUGACUAUCUACCCUGUGACAGCAAAUCACUCUGCUGUGUUUUUCUGCACCAACAGCAGACCUACAGCUGAGCUACACAAUGACCUUCCAGAACUCCUACAGUGCAUGAAUGUUCCUGUCCUAACGGAUACAGGCAAAAUCACUGAAAAUAUGAUGUUCCUGGGAUACCUGGAGGGUGGCAAAGACUCCUGCCAGCAAAACCUGUCACAGCUAACAGUGCUCACUAACAGCGACACCAUGAAGUUUCUCCUGAUUCUUGCCUGCUUAGGAGCAGCAGUUGCUGUCCCUGUUGAUGAUGAUGACAAAAUCGUGGGGGGCUACACCUGCUCUGUCCCCUACCAAGUGUCCCUGAACUCUGGGUACCACUUCUGCGGGGGCUCUCUCAUCAACAACCAAUGGGUCGUGUCAGCUGCUCACUGCUACAAAUCCCGCAUCCAGGUGAGGCUCGGGGAAUACAACAUCGAUGUGUUGGAAGGGGACGAGCAGUUCAUCAACUCCGCUAAAGUAAUCCGCCACCCCAAAUACAAUUCGUGGCUCCUGGAUAAUGACAUUAUGCUGAUCAAGCUGGAUACCCCAGCUGCCUUGAACUCCCGUGUCACAGCAAUCUCUCUUCCUUCUGCCUCUAACUACCCCGAGCUUCUCCAGUGUCUGGAUGCUCCAGUCCUGACUGACGCUGAGUGCAGUGGUGCUUACCCAGGACAAAUCACUACAAACAUGAUCUGCGUGGGAUUCCUGGAGGGUGGCAAAGACUCCUGCCAGGGCGAUUCUGGUGGCCCAGUCGUUCCAUGUGGUUUUUGCAACUCUCCUGCCUCACUGUGUAACAACCGAGAGCAGUAUUUCGGAGACGGGACCAGGCUCACAGUGUUGGAGGUUGGGCUCAAUAUCACCUCCCCCAGAGUGGCCAUCUUUCCCCCAUCAAAGCAGGAAAUCAAAGAGAAGGGGAAGGCCACUCUGGUGUGCCUGGCCACAAAGUUCUACCCCGACCACAUCAAGCUGUUCUGGGAGGUGAAUGAUGCUGAGAGGGAAGACGGGGUGAGGACAGAUGAGUUUUCCACUUGGGAUGAAACAUCAAAAUCAUACUCGCUGACCAGCCGCCUGAGGAUCUCAACCCAAGAGUGGUUCAACUCCAAGAACAGUUUCCGGUGUGCUGUGAAGUUCCACCUGGAUGAGAUCCAGUAUGAAGUGAUCAGAGGUGGAGAUGGAUGUGGCAUCACUGAAGAAUCCUACAUGCGAUCUGGCAACUCUACAAAGCUCACCUACCUGGUGCUCUUGUGGAAAGCCAUGCUCUAUGCCUUGCUGGUGAGCGCUCUGGUGUGGAGAGUCAAGAGUUCUAAAGAGGGCAUUGAAUCUGCCUCUAGAAGCAUCUCCCUCCUCACACAACACAUUCAGAGUCAGAUACAUGGAUCCAGGAGGGGUUGUUGGCACAAGGCAGGACAAGGUUUGUGCAGGGCUCUCUGUGUCAUCUUGAUUUCUGUUCCAGAGGAUGUGUCCAACAUCAAUGCCCCCAAAGUGGCCAUCUUUCCCCCAUCGAAGCAGGAGAUCAAAGAGAAGAGGAAGGCCACCCUGGUGUGCCUGGUCACAGGUUUCUACCCUGACCACAUCAAGCUGGUUUGGUGGGUGAACGGUGUUGAGAGGAAAGAGGGGGUGAGGACGGAUGAAUCUCUUAUGGACAAAACCAAAAAAAAAUACUCGUUGACCAGCCGCCUGAGGAUCUCACGCCAGGAAUGGUCCAACCCCAAGAACGUAUUCCAGUGCCGUGUUGAAUUCUACGGGAUUGAGAAACAAACAUAUGAUGAAGUCAUCAGUGGUGUAGCUGAUUGCAGUGUCUCAGAAGAGUCGUAUCUGAGAAGUGCCAUGGCAGGCAAGAGUGUGUACGUUCUGCUCAUUUUCAAGAGUGCCUUGUAUGGGGUCUUUGUGAUGGGGCUAAUGCUAAGGAACAAGCAAGUGCAGUAGAAGAAGCUGACCCAAGGUGGAUGACACAACUUCCUGGAGAAAGAAGGAGCUGCAGCUGCAUUCGUUUUACAAGUCCUGAUUUUUUUCAGAAACCAGCACAGCACUUAGGCUUUUGUUACAAUAAAUGUACAAAGACAG